UUCGAAUCAUUCGUUUAACAGUUUUCAUGUAGGAAUAGAGAAUUGAAGUUUGUAUUGUACAUAUAAAGAAUAAGUGAAAAUUAAAAGACCGUACAGUAAUAUGGAAGAAAUCUUUCAAAUUCUUCGCGACUGUCGUUUGGGUACUGGUGGGAAUGAAGAAGCACCGGAAAUAAUUGAGAACGAAUCAUUAGAAAAUAUGAAAAGUAAUAUUGAAAAAUUUCUCUCGAGUGCGAUAUGCUGCAUGGGAACCGUUGAAUAUUCUAAUUUAAAUAAAAUACUAGCAAUCUUGAAUUUAAAGUUGUGUAAUGAACUGGAAGCUAUAAACCGUUUAAUUGAAUCACAUGCGGUGUUACUUCGUCAACAAACAAUACACAGAUACGUGAAAUCGGAAUUCCGAAAGACAAUUCAGAAAAAUCAACAGGUCUAUGGACUUAACUCAUCCCAUGUUAAUUUUAAUACAAGUAAUAUAAGUUUUACUGAUAAUUGGAAGGCUAAACUCUCUGAUUUACCUAAAGAGUGGUAUCUGAUCCAAGUCACUGCUCCAUAUCAUCCUACAGAUAUUACAAUGCAAGAGAACAAAAUGCAAGAGAUAUAUAUUUCCAUAUUACCAACUGGAACCAAAGACAUGGAACCUUUGUGCAUAACAAUACCAAAACCAAAGUUAGAUUCUUAUGAUAUUUGUUGUGAAAUUCAGAAAUUACUUGUUCAUAACAUGUCGGAUCUUCAGGCUACUUAUGCAAACAACAAAUUAUAUUGGGAAAUGCGUGAUCAACAAAAUAAUACAAUGAAGACAGCUAUACAAGCCUUAGAAUUCAAAUGGUUGCGAGAAUGGAGAAUCUUGUUUGUCGCAGACCCUAUAGAUAAAGACAAUGUAACAGAAAACAUUGUUCAAACGAUUGACAAACUUAUAUUGGACAACAAAAACCAUAAGAACAUAUCGAAGCGUACAAAGUGGUUAUUAAGAAAAGUGGCUUUAACUGCAUGUUUUUUAACAAGAGAAGAGAUAGCACGUGCAGUUAAGUAUGUGCUUACUGGUUAUGAUAAACUUGCAAAUAAUAUCAUAUUAUCUAUAUAUGGAAAAUUGAAAAUUAUGGAGGAGAUUAAGAAUGCAGUUAGAAAAACAUUAGUUUUAAUUGUUGAUGAACAUAUGGAUUAUAUACCCUUUGAAUCUAUGGAAAUUGUAAAUUGUCACCCUAUUACUCGUUUUCCAUCAUUACAUAUUGUUUACGCUCUUUUUAAAGAACAUGAAAACACAAUAGAAAAUGGUUGUAAAAUAAUUAAAAUAAAAAAUGACAUGGGUACGUGUAUAGUUAAUCCGUCAAACGAUUUGCCUAAAAUGGAAAAACGUUUAAGACUGUUUAUUGAAUACUGGUUACCAAAUUGGAAAAGCUUGUACAAUGUUGAACCAGAAGUAGAUGUUUUCGAAGAUGCUUUAGUUAAUCACGAUAUAUUAAUGUAUAGUGGUCAUGGUAAUGGAAUACAAUACUUACCUAGAGAACAAAUUGAACGUCUAAGAGUGAAAGCAGUUGUUCUAUUAUUCGGUUGUAGCAGUGUAAAACUACUUCCAAUAGGAGGACGUUAUCCACCAUAUGGUGUCUCGAAUCAGUAUUUAAUAGCCAGCAGUCCUUGCGUACUUGGUAUGUUGUGGGAAGUCACCGAUGCUGACACCGAUAAAAUGACUGCAAAUUUCAUUAGUAGCUGGAUACCGUCAUUAACGAGUAGUUCGUGGGCCGAUGUAGACAUUAAUUUAUGGUGCCAGGGAAUCUUUCAAUUGGUGAAAAAUUCACGAAGCAAUACGACAAGUUUGUCUCCAGAGCCCGAGAUGUUGAGGGCAGUAGCAAAAUCGAAAAAUGUUUGUUCUCAGUACAUGACUGCGGCUGCUAUAGUAGUACGAGGAUUGCCGAUAAAGUUGAUUUGAAUUAGAAGAACACGCGAUUGGUCUCUCAGUUAUCAUACUCAGUGUGGUAAUUCAAAAUAUUGUCUUUAGUCACAUGAUUAUUUGAGGCUCUGGCACAGAGUUGGAAAUGCUCUUGUGAGGUAAAACCUGACCUCCGUUGAUAUAUAAUUCAUCUUUCACGAUUACAUCUUCACCGAGAACCGUUAUACCUUCCAUGCGUACCCAUCGGCCAACGACGCUUCUCCAACCAACGAUGCAACUAAGACAAUAUAUCAAAACUCAUUAUACAAAUGAAUAAAACGAUAAUUAGAUAAAUAAGACAAUUCUUAAUUAUAAUAAAUAAGAUAAAUACAUGAAGAAGAUAACAUGGAUGAUGAAAUUUACCCGUCUAGCCAUGCGUGUUCCUUUAUUAUCGCUGAUUUAAGAAUUGUACUUCGUUUGAUACAGCAUCCAUCGGAUAACACAACACCGGGACCAAUGGUGACGUUGGGUCCUAUCCUACAAUCUUUGCCAAUCGUCGCCGUUUCAUCUAUUAAAACGUUUCCUACUACACCAGGACCAGAGUACAAUUUUUCAGGAGAUUUUUGUCUUAGGGAUGUCAGAUACAUGCUCAUUCCUGCAUAAACAGAAUGCAAAUGUAUCAAGUAAAUGUAAACAUUAUUUACGAGCAAAUAUAAUUUUCAGAAUAUA